AUCGGUCAUCUUUCUAAGUAUGUUGUAAGUUGUUUCAUGGGGGGCAGGUUUACACACUUUGCACUGCUAAAAUACUCUCAACAAUAAAGAGUAAACAUCUGUUGUCGGAAUCACUUUUGUUAUUAAUAUCGACCAGAGCAAACAUAGCCGGACUUUUUUUCUGCUAGUUUAUUUUUAUUGCCAUUUCGCGAAGCGGUAACUUUUUUUUAUUACGACAGAGUAUUCAUUCGACUUCAUAAGCACGUAUAAAGAUGUUUAUAUCAUUCAAGUACGCGAUUCGAUUGAGUAAUUCGAUUUUUAAAAGGUUUUGAUUUCGAUUUUUCGAUUUGUUAAAGAAAUUUGUAAAGUGGAUUUGAUUUGAUUUUUUUUUUUUGAUAAUUGAGUUGACGAUUUCUUUGAUCAAUUUUUUGAUUUUGUUUGGUUUCGAGUCUUCGGCAUGGAAUCGUUCAAGCUCGCUCUGGUAAUCAUAAGUCUACUCUGUAUUUCAUCAUUGUUAGCUCAACACGAACCACUGGCACGUAAAAAUGGCAUAGUACGUCACAAGAAAAAAAUGGUAGCAUCUGUGAAAAAACCUCUACGACCCCAACAACAACACCCCCACCAGCAAGAAAGACCUGCACGCAGAUCGAAUUACGGUCCUCGAGACCCGUCUCACGAAGAAUUCGUAGCUACCUCAGAACACCCCAGCGUGAGCUGGAAACCGAUCACUUAUGCGGUAUAUUCGCAUAGUCCUCUAAGCACAUCUGAGCCCACCGAGAGCACCGUCGUGGCAGUUUCUGAAAAAACAGAUAAACCGCAACCACGACAACACGAAGAUCAAGUCACCGAUCAGAAUCAAGAGUAUACGUUGUAUCAAUAUUAUAUUCCUUUCGAGCAGCUGAUUACGCAGUCUAAACCGAUCAUCGAGCAUUCGGGGGAGCCUUCGAAGGAGUCUUUGAAUCUGGAUAAGAUUAAUAAGGCAGGUGUCGAACCGGUUACUGUGUUUAAGAAGGAGAACGAGGGUGAAGCGUCGUCGUCGCAUUCUGAGAAUGACAACGAAUUCACUGGUCGAUACGAAUACGAAUACUUUGUACAGGAUGACCAUUGGGGCACGAAUUUCGGCCACAAAGAGUACAGAGACGAAAAAUACACCAAAGGAGACUACGAAGUCGUCCUGCCUGAUGGAAGAGUCCAACAUGUAAAAUACUGGUCUGAUGCUACAGGCUAUCACGCUUCAGUCACUUAUCACCCCUUGUACCAAAAAUACAAGCAGAUAAAAUAGAUACUCGGAUUGUCAAAAAUUUUGCUUCGUUAGAUUAAUUUUCUGUUCGAUUCAAUCCACCAACCAUAAUUGAUGGGUCACUUUUUUUUUUUGAUAAUCAGUUCUCUCAACUGUCAGAAGCACCAAUAAGGAACCAGCGGUUUCAUUAAGCCCAUUUUUAACCCCUAUUUUUGAAUUUAUCAUUAGAAAAUGAGUUUAUUUUUUCAUUUUUUUACCUACACUGGUAAAAAUAAUGCCAUUUACAAAGUUUAAUAUUAUUUGAUGGAAAUACUCGGACCUCUUAUGAUUUGAAUGGGAUUCGCGAUUUCUGGAAAGGGCAUGGUCUGAAACCCCUACAACCAAAAUUUCAGCUGCCCAUAAAUUGAUUUUUCAAUUUUUGGAGGGUUUUUGAAAAUUCAAAAUUGACCGUUUCGAACGAUUUAUGCUUUUAAAAAAUUCCGUAAAAAUUAUGGAAAUUAGUCCUGAAACUAAUACGAGCUUACUCGAACCGAGUCCCACUAUUUCCAGCCAUUCUGGAGCCUCCAUCAGCAUGAUUUUCGAUUCCUCUAGAAUUUAAAAUUUUUUUAAAAAGACGUGGAAAUCAAUAUGGACAGAUAAAAAGCAGGGCUCCGAUGAGCCAUAGCUCAGUUUUUUAGAAAUUGAAAAUUGGGCUGGAGGCUCUAGAAUCAUAAUGGCCAGAAAUGGUGAAAUUUGGUUCAGAGAAGUUGAUAUUAAAUUUCAGCACUAAUUUCCAUCUUUUCCAUUUAAUAAGUAUGCACUUUUAAACAUUUUUUUCAAGUAGGUAUAAAUUGCCCGAAAUGGCCAAUUUUGAAUUUUUAAUCAAUUUUGAAUUUUUAAAAAUUCUUCAAAAAUCAAUUUGAGAAGCUGAGAUUUUGGUCAUGUUAGUUUCAGACCACGUUCUUUUUGAAAAUCGCGGUCUCACUCAAAUCGGAGGCGAACAUUUCGAUAAGUUCUUUCACAAAUCUCAGCUCUGAAAGCCCCAAUCAUCAAUCAUCAUUUUUUAAGAAGGGAUAGGGCGGUUUGACUUGUCAAAACACUAAUAUACAAUAAUAACUCGCUCAAUUUUUUUUUCUUUUUAAAUUUGAAUCACAUUUUUAAACAACUAGAUACCUUUUCACACUAUAAACGCGAAAACUUUCAACGUAGGUACCUCAAUUUUUGGGUCAACUAAUAUUUUUUUCUUAAGGUAUUACUUUCGUUAUCUUAUAAGUUUUUUUUAAAUGCAUACCCUACUGUAGUCUACUUAUUUUUCUUUUUUUUUAGUACCUAUAAGGAAUAGGUGUGUUGUGGGCAAACAAUGCCUGAGAUUUAUACGUAAUACAAAGAAUUAUACAUCGUUGAGUUACGUAUAGACGCCUAAUUUAAAUCCAGGCGUUUGUUAGCACGCGACUUCUUCGUUUUAUUUGUUGACCAAUUGUUGCUAAUGUAUUUUCAUUAUUUGUUUUAUAUUUCCUUAAGCUUGUUUUCUUCUUCUUGUUGUACCUUUUUUUGUAUUUUUUUCCUCCUCAUUUGGGAAUAAAUUUUUAAAAACCUA